AUGGCGCUGAAUAACGUCACUCUCGGAGUGGUUUGCUGCGUGAUUGUGGCCGCCAUCGCUUUAGCGACACGAAAGGCACCAGACCCAAGGGAACCACCCUACGUCAAGGAAAGAGUUCCAUACUUCAGUCACAUCUACGGACUAUUGAAACAUGGCUUGCGAUACUUUGAUCUCGUCAGCGCUCAACAACCGCAUCCAAUCUUUACGAUUGACAUGUCGGGUCAGAAGAACUACAUCGUGACCUCUCCAGAGCUCGUGCAAGCAGUUCAGCGUAACACGACAUCUUUGUCAUUUAGUCCAGCUAUGAUCCCUGCUUUCCGUCGAAUGAUGGGCUUUGAUGAGGCUGGCAUUGAACUCAUCUUCCGUGAUGCUCACACUGAGAAGGGUAUGUAUGGUGAGAUCCACCGUGUACAGAAGUCUUCACUUCUGCCUGGAACAGAAUCUCUGGAUGAGCUGUGCACAGUCAUCCGUAGUAAGCAAUUGGCCAUUGUCAACGAUGCGCCUUCAAGUCAGACCAUUGACCUUUACGUUUGGGUUCAGGACCUGUUCAUGAGAACAAAUAACUCUGCCUGCUUUGGAGAGAAGGAUCCCUUUACCCUCAAACCAUCUCUGAACUCAACAUUUUGGCUAUGGGAGGCAAACAUCAAGGUUCUGCUUCUGGGCAUACCGUGGUUUCUAAGUCCCAAGAAAUACUCUACCGCACAGCAGACUCGCAAAGAGCUUGUUGAUGCAUUCUACCAGUAUCUGAACGACGAUGGAAUAGAUACUGCUUGCUCAUUCAUCAAAGAGCUCUCCAACCUGGGUGUUCGUCGGGGUCUAAGUACCGAGAACAACGCUCGUGCUUUGUUGGGCAGCAUCUUGGCUAUCGUUGGGAACACAAUCCCCACGACAUUUUGGCUUCUCAUCCAGAUUUUCUCCCGACCUGAUCUUCUCAAGGAGAUCCGAUCAGAACUGGAAGCAACACUGGAAGAUCCCUCAGCACAAUCAGGAGUUUGCCUGGACUACACCGUCAUCCGAGAAAGGUGCCCCGUCUUCAUGUCGACGUACGAGGAGAUCCUACGCAUGACGAGCGGUAUCGCAACGGUGCGCUACACCAAUGAAGACACCCUCAUUCAAGAUCGCUGGCUUCUUAAGAAGGGUGCCCAAGUGCAGAUGCCUACCGCCUUCAUCCACGCUGAUCCUGCCACCUGGGGUGCAGAUGCAGAAGUCUUCGAUCACACGCGGUUUCUCAAAUCCAAGGUUCUUGCCAAAGAGCAAAAGGCUCGGCGAGCGGCUGCUUUCAGACCAUUUGGUGGUGGUAACACCCUGUGUCCAGGCCGUCAUUUUGCUUCCUACGAAGUUCUUACUUUCGUUGGAAGUAUCCUGUUGGGCUUUGAUAUGACGCCCACUAUGGAGAGUUUUGAUAUCCCCCAGAUGGAUAGAUCUAAGCUUCCUUUGACUUCGCUGAAGCCAGCUGGGGAUAUCAAGGUCAACCUCACGAGACGGAGUGGUUGGGAGAAGGCUGUGUUCAAAUAG